GUCGUCAACCGGUCGUCUUUUAAUGCAGUUCAUCGACGAUUCAUAACUAUGUCGAUGCGCUUGCUUGCUUCGGUGCUGUUGAUGCUUUCUCUGAGCGGAAUUGGCACCCUUGUGCUCAGCCAGACUCCGGAUCGAGCCGCUCAGCAAGCUUGCACACUUUUUAAGCGAACAGUGUUCGAGGAGCGUGUGCCCAUCAGUUUCUUCUUUGCCAAUGCACCCAUCACCUACGAGACCGUCGACUCCUGCCAUGGCUCGCGACCUCUGAUAGUGGGCGGAUCUCCGGCCGAAGCCAAGGAAUUCCCACAUGCGGCGCGGCUCGGCAAUCGCAAUGCUGAUAACAAAACGAAUUGGUUCUGUGGCGGCACCUUGAUAAGCAAUCGGCUAGUGCUCACAGCAGCCCAUUGCUUCUACACCGAGUAUGGGGCGGUGAAUGUGGUCCGAUUGGGAGAACUGGAGUUUGAUAACGACAAGGACGAUGCCGAGCCGGAGGACUUUGAAGUGCUAAGCUCCACGAUGCAUCCGGAUUACAAUAACCCAGCCCUCUAUAAUGACAUUGGCAUCGUUCGGCUGAGUCGAGCGGUCAACUUCAGUCUGUACAUGCAUCCCGCCUGUCUGCCCUUCGACGAUGGCGAACGCCACGAGACGUUCAUUGCCAUUGGCUGGGGUGCUCGAAAAUUUGCCCAGAAUCAGUCCAAUAAGCUCUUGAAAGUCCAGCUGCGGGGCUACGGACAGCGUUGCCUCACUAGCGUGGAGCCCAACGAGCAGCUGCCCAACGGCUACAACGCCAGCACCCAACUCUGUAUUGGCUCUCCCGAAAGCAAGGAUACUUGCAAUGGCGACUCUGGUGGCCCGGUGCUCUCCUACCACAAGGACUAUCCUUGCAUGUACCACGUAAUGGGCAUCACCUCCACUGGCAAUUUCUGCGAUACUCCCGACUUUCCAAGCCUCUACACUAGGGUCCAUUACUAUAUGGAUUGGAUCAAGCAGCAGCUGGCGAGGACCGCUUAAAGUGAAGGAGAUUUAUUCCGUUUAUAGUAUGUAGUGGAAGCAAAGUCCGUAUGGGCAACAAAUACAUUAUCAUGUUAUCAAUUUCUA